GUUAUAAAUGUAACGGUCUUUUCCGGCAUUGCAUUGAAAGCUGGCUAGUUUCAUUAAUAAACUUAAAAAAAAAAACAAAAAGGAAACAAUGGCAAAGCGCGUAAAAUUCCAACGUCUGGCGAAGAUGCAGCCCACGAUGACCCACUUCUCCACGGUGGCGCUGAUCGUGUCCAAAUCCUCGCCGAAUAUAUUCUACGACAAGAUGAGUGGCAUCGAGCGUGGAGUCCUCACCCUGACGAUCCGGGACUCACCCAACGACCUGACCAUUUGCAAGUGCUGGGGCCAACGGGCCUGUGUGGACGAGUACGCGGCCAUGUUCCACAUCGGUCAUGUGGUGGAUGUGGUGGACGCCAAGGUGAUGUCCCUGCCGGAGGCUCCGCCGGGUGAGCAACGUUACCAUCCGCAGACAACCCUACCCAGCGCCCUGGUGGUCAACGAGGGAUUCGGCUAUGUGGUGCGACAUAAUAGCGAUGACUCCGACACCAUAAUGGUCCUCCAGCAGCUGCUCCAACGCCCCAUCAAGCCUGUGGCCGCGGCUCUCAAGCUGGCCGAUGUGCGUUCCGGCCUGGGAAGCCCCGAUAAGAUGAUCGCCACGUAUGUGGAUCUACUGGUGGCCGUCGCUGCAGUGCGUCCAGUGCGUGAGAUCAAGCGAAAGGUGCCGGCGACGGGGCACAGCAAGGUCCAGGAUCUGCUGCACUGCCUGGAGGUCAUCGUGAUCGAUGCCAGCUGUCCGGAGGGAAUGCUGCUCUCUAUUUGGCAGGCGGAUUGGAUACGGCGUGCCCAGCAAUGGCAGCCACGUCGCACUCUCCUCCAUUUGGUGGACGUGCGUGUCUCCUACUCGGACUUCCAUCGUUGUCCCGUGCUCUCCCAUUCGAAUUGUACGCUCAUGGGCGAGAAUCCCCUGGUGGCUGGCGAGGAUUGCCGCCUGUUGCUGGCCUUCGCCGCCACUGUGCCGCUCAAGAGCUUUGAUGGCUGCGCCCAGGCAGAGCUGGACAACCUGCCGGCAGCUGCCAGCAUCCAAGUCCAGAUGACGGUGAGACAGAUCUAUUCCCGCGCUGAGGGCGAGUUGCAGGAUGCUUCCAUCAACCAGUUUACAUCCGUGCUGUAUGGAAUGGUCACCAAAUUCGACUUGGAUGGAUUUUCAAAGCACAUCAACAGAAAGUGCACCGCCUGUGAACGCCUCAUACCGCGAAAUCUGGAGGAUUGCUCUACGGAAGCCUGUCGGAUGGAGUUUUUGCUGGCCAAUGAUGGCCCCAGAUAUACCAGCUACUUCAACAUCAACAUUCACUUAUCGGAUCAGACGGGCACCCUCGUCGAGACCCGGUUAGCUGGCAAUCCGGCGGAGCGGAUUUUGGGCCUCCGGGCGGAGGAAUUCGAGCGACUGGGGGAGCAUGAUAAAAGCGAGCUAAAGUGGCGCUUCCUACUCAAAUACUUCGAGGCAAGAUUGCUGGUGAGGAAGCCGGCGGGGAUGCACAAGAAUCUCGUGGUCGUGGUCGUCGACAUGCAAGCCAUUCCCCUGGACAAGCUCGUCGAGAAGGUGGCCGUAUUUUAG